AUGGACAGCAAGAGGAAUUUAAUGCUCACCCCUGUCGAGGGCACAUUGAGAAAGCUAUUGCUUGAUGUUGCAGACUAUAUUGAUGGCUCAACGAGCCCUGGAAAUGCGGUUUCCGGGGUGCCCGUUCCGCCUAAAUUGGCUCAUUCGAAGCUCGAGCUCCGUUUCACCGGCGGCUGGGUCCGUGACAAGCUUCUAGGAAUUGGAAGUCAUGAUAUUGACGUUGCAAUAAAUAAUAUGACUGGCUAUCAGUUCGGGCUCAAAAUGAAGGAGUAUUUGGAAGUCCCAGGGAAUCUCGAAAAAUACGGGCUGGGAGAAUCGAAUGACAAAGACGAAAAGUCCAAGACCAAAGUCGUUGGUGGUCUCCACAAGAUAGAAGCAAACCCUGAGAAGUCAAAGCAUCUCGAGACGGUUACCACAAAGAUUCUCGGUCUCGACAUCGACCUAGUGAACCUAAGGAAGGAAACAUAUUCGGAAGACAGUCGAAAUCCUCAAAUGGAGUUUGGGACCGCAGAAGAAGAUGCGCUACGCCGUGAUGCAACAGUCAAUGCUCUCUUCUAUAAUCUUCAAACAUGUUCAAUUGAAGAUUUAACGCAGCGCGGCCUCAACGACAUGGCUAUUAGGCUCGUUCGAACACCAUUACAACCUCUGCAGACCUUCAAGGACGAUCCCUUGCGUGUCUUGCGUCUGAUACGCUUCGCAAGCCGGUUGAGCUACGAGAUUGAUCCGGAGGCAGAGGAAGCGAUGAGUGAACAGAGCAUAAGGGAUGCUUUGAAGCUCAAGAUUAGUCGGGAAAGGGUUGGCACAGAAAUUGAAAAAAUGCUGAAAGGUCCUGAUCCUCGUCGAUCUCUGCAGCUAAUUGAUCGUCUUCGACUUUACACCACAAUAUUUACCGACCCCACUCAGAACGACGCAUUCACACCAGAGACAAGCUCAUGGCACUACUCCUACGAAUGUGUCCACGACAUCUUAUCCGCUGCCAAUAAUGACUCGAAAACAGCUCCCUUGUAUAACAAAGUGCUGCAGAUUCUCAUUCGAAGCUCUGAAGAAGCCCACUUGGCAUGGAUCCUUGCUUCUCUCACACCGUACUCAGACGCACCCAACCCUGCGCCUGCUCAGCCUGGAGGGAAAGCUCUGCCGCCUGUUGCUGCAACGGUUGCUCGGGAGGGAAUUAAAGCUACGAACAAGGUAUUCGACGUCAUAUGGGGUGCAUUCAAAAACCUUGACGAGAUAAAUAAAUUCAAGGCUGCUGUAGUCAGCGACAAACGUGGAGCUUCCAGGAAAUCAAGUGAGCCGGAGCUUGCUGCUCGUGAUCACCUUGGUAUGGCAAUUCGUCGAUGGGGUGCCAACUGGCGAUCACACGUACUCUUAGCACUUCUCCUGGAAGUCGUCGAAGCUCGAGGUGUACGAAGAGAUGCCAUCAUCAGGGAUUAUUCCACUUUCCUUUCCCACAUAGAAGACCUCGAUUUAUUCGAUGUAUACGCCCUAAAGCCUAUUCUUGACGGAAAGCAGUUGGCCAAAGCACUAGACACUAAGCCUGGUCCAUGGAUGAAAGAUGCUUUAGAGGUAGUGAUGGCAUGGCAGCUGCGCCACCCGAAGGAGACCGGCUCCGACGGAGCGAUUGAAGAAGUUAAGAAUGGCAGAGGUGAGCUCAACCACGAACUUAUGGAAUUUUUCCUGCGGCACACAGUACGACCGCUUUUUUCCAAAUCUCAAAAUCCCGAGAUUACCCCUCAGGGGCGGAAGGCCAUGCAACCACAACGGACAAAAGGUGACUUUAUGAACAGCGAGGCAACCAUAAAGCCGUGGAAAUUCAAAGAGGCGUAUGCAAUGAGUAUCUUGGAGUGGAUCCUCAAGCAUUUAAAUGAAUACCUCACGGAAGAAUUCUGGCCACUUUUGGUGCCCCCACUCAUGACCAUUGUUGAUGACGAUGCUCCUGAGAUUAAGGCCAAGGGCUGUUUCUUUCUGAAUCUGCUACUCCAAGCUACUUCUCCAAGUCUCCUGGACCGUACCGGUCUAGGGGAGGUAAUGGCUGGUGCAUUGUUGCCUUGUUUUACUUAUCUGCCAACUUUGACGCCUGAAGAUCAGUCUCUCGAAAUACUUAACGCCGCGUUUCCCGCCCUCAUCACACUCUCGCGAGUCCGCUAUCCGGAGGAAGCAAAUAAGGCUGAAAGAUUAAAGUUUCUGGACCUUAUUAUGCGCCAGGGUGUCUUCCAUGCUUAUGAACAUGCAGGUGAGCAUGUUAAGAUUGCUGAGACUUUGAUCCAGCAUGUUUCAAUCCUAGUUGAUGAGAUGGGGAUAUAUUCUGCCAAGCAUUUAAAGUUUGUGAUACCCAUUCUCUCAGACAUUCUUGACGCUCCCUUUGCAACUGCGUAUCCGCCCCUUUUAGCAACCACUUUAUCAGCUCUUGAAAAUGUUAUCACGAUAGAUUGGCCCCGCAUGGCGCUCCAUCGCGGGGAGAUAUUGCGUGGUUUGACAUCUUGCUGGUGCAAGCUAAAAGAGGAUGAAGCAAGCGACCACACCACCCUUAAGCAAAGUACUAAAAAUGCGGUGAAGCUCUUGACCGCCGCAGUGAAAAGCGAUGCACAAGUCGAAUUGGCGUCAGAGUUCAAACUACUUGUUGAAAGUGAUGAACGGCUUUCUGACCUAUUAGAAGAUCCAUGA